UUCGGUUGCUAAUCCCAGCGAACUCAAUAUUCAAAUGUAGAUAACAUUCAUCUCUCCCAAAACCACACAAAAACAAUUUUAUUAUUAUUAUCCCCAAAACUAACCAUUUCAGAAACUCAAACUUUCGAUUUCAGACGCAUAAAAAUGGCUGCAUCUUCAUCAUCACUAAUCCUCUCUCAACCCCUUCCACCAAUCCACUCAUCCAAUUCCCAUCGUUUGAAAUCCUUCUUCCUCAGUGAUUCUUUCCCCUCUUCUUCUUCUGCCUUCAUUUCUUCUUCUAAAUCUCUGUCUCAUAUACAGAAAUUCUGCUCUGUUAGUACUAGAUUUUCUACUAAGAAACCCUUUACUGUAUCAGCUUCUUCUACUACUUCUGCUCUACAAGCACUGAUUUUUGACUGUGAUGGUGUGAUCCUUGAGUCUGAACAUUUACACAGACAAGCUUACAAUGAUGCAUUUGCACAUUUCAAUGUUAAAUGCUCUGCUUCGGAUACUAAACCACUCAAUUGGGAUUCUGAUUUCUAUGAUGUUCUUCAGAAUCAAAUCGGGGGUGGAAAGCCUAAGAUGAGAUGGUAUUUUAAAGAGAAUGGAUGGCCAACUAGUUCAAUCUUUGAAUCUGCACCGGAAAAUGAUGCUGAUAAAGCUACACUCAUUGAUACACUUCAGGACUGGAAAACUGAAAGGUACAAAGAAAUUAUCAAAUCCGGAACUGUUGAACCUAGACCCGGAGUUUUGAGAUUAAUGGAUGAGGCCAAGACUGCUGGAAUUAAGUUAGCUGUUUGCUCUGCAGCAACAAAAAGUUCAGUAAUUCUUUGUCUUGAAAGCCUUAUUGGCAACGAUCGAUUCAAAGGUCUAGACUGUUUCCUCGCAGGUGAUGAUGUCAAGCAAAAGAAGCCUGAUCCGUCGAUCUACAUAACCGCUGCUAAGAGUUUAGGUGUUCUUGCGGAAAGUUGUAUGGUGGUAGAGGAUAGCGUAAUUGGGCUACAGGCGGCAACAGGUGCAGGGAUGUCAUGUAUAGUAUCAUACACGUCAUCAACAUCUAACCAGGAUUUCACAGAUGCUAUUGCAAUCUACCCUGAUUUGAGUAACGUAAGCUUAGAGAAUCUAGAACUGUUGCUUCAAAAUAGAGCAGUUGCCAAGUAAUUUUUCACCACCUGAGAUAUGUGUACAAAUUCUUUUCUGGGCUAUUUCACGCAAGUUCACUCAUUCUUUCCCUGGUAUACAACAAAUCCAUGGUCUAAUAAGUUUGCUCUCUUAUCUUUCCUAUAACUCAAAUUAUUACCUUGACACUUAGUAAACCGAGUUCAGGUUGUAAGUCGAUCUGUAUCUAAAGUGUUUUCAGUUCUUUCCUGAAAAUGCAACUUUGACUGUAGUAUGCAGUAGAUGUUAAAAUGCUUAAAAGACAUCAAUGUUCUUCAUAAUGCACAGA